GGAAGAACGAGUGAAACAGGACUAUGUAAAAAAGUGGUGGAAAGCAAUAACAACCUCCGCAGGAGAGAUGAUGAUGGAGAUCAAGAUGAAAUGAGGGGAAAAGUGGGAGACCAAAGAAACGAGGGGAGGAAUGGCUGUCUGGAUGGGGAUUUAAGUGAAGGAUUGGCCCACCAGACCCCAAUUGAUGACGAGAGAAGGAAGGAGAGGCCUGACUGUGAGAAUAGCAUCUCUCAUACAUCGGCAGUGGGUCACCCUCAGAACAGUCCCGCGGGGGAGAAACCGUUUAAAUGUGCAGAUUGUGGCCUCGGCUUCAGAAAGCAGAGGGAGCUCACCUCCCAUCAAAGGAUCCACACAGGAGAGAAACCCUUUCAGUGCCAGAAGUGUGGAAAAAGCUUCAGUUUUAAGAGAAACCUUAUCACCCACGAAAGUAUACACACAGGGGAGAAGAGACAUAAAUGCCCGGAGUGUGGGAGAAGCUUCCGCCAGCGUCAGAGCCUCACCUGCCACCAGAGAAUUCAUACAGGGGAGAAGCCCUAUAAAUGUCUGGAGUGUGGAAAGAGUUUCAGAGUUAGUCCGCAUCUUAUUUCACAUCAGAGGAUGCACACAGGGGAGAAACCUUUCAAAUGCCUGGAGUGCGGGAAGACCUUCAGACGAAACCAACAACUCAUCCCACAUCAGCGAAUACAUACAGGGGAAAAACCUUUCAAAUGCCAAGAGUGUGGGAAGAGCUUCCAUUACAGCACAGCCCUUACCUCCCACCAAAGGAUCCACACGGGGGAGAAACCCUUUAAAUGUCAAGAAUGUGGGAAGAGUUUCCACCAGAGCGGCCAUCUUAGAGUACAUCAAAGCAUACACACAGGGGAAAAACCAUUCAAGUGCCUCGAGUGUGGGAAGAGCUUCAGAGAAUCCACAAGCUUUCACUACCAUCAAAUAGUCCAUAAAGGGGAGAAGCCAUUUAAAUGCCUGGAGUGUGGGAAUAGCUUCAGGCAGAAAGGAGCCCUUAACGCCCAUCAGAGAAUCCACACAGGUGAAAAAUUGUUUAAGUGCCUGGAGUGUGGAAAGAGCUUUUGCCGGAGUCAAAGUCUGACCUAUCAUCAAAGAAUCCACACCGGGGAGAAGCCAUUCACAUGCUUAGAGUGCGGAAAGAGUUUCAGCAGCCCCUCAUAUCUUACUUCCCACCAGAGAAUCCACACAGGGGAAAAACCAUACCAGUGUACGGAGUGUGGAAAGAACUUCAGAGAAAGUCACCAGCUUAUCCUGCAUCAAAGAAUCCACACAGGGGAGAAGCCAUUCACAUGCUUAGAGUGUGGAAAAAGUUUCAGCAGCCCCUCAUAUCUUACUUCCCACCAGAGAAUCCACACAGGGGAAAAACCAUACCAGUGUACGGAGUGUGGAAAGAACUUCAGAGAAAGUCACCAGCUUAUCCUGCAUCAAAGAAUCCACACAGGGGAGAAACCCUUUAGAUGUUCGGUAUGUGGGAAAAGUUUUAGCUGUAGCACAUACCUGACCCGCCAUCAAAGGACCCACACAGGGGAGAAACCCUACAAAUGCCUGGAGUGUGGGAAAACUUUCCUUCAGAAUGGGGAACUCACUGUACAUCAAAGGACGCACACCGGGGAGAAACCCUUCAAAUGCCAGGAAUGUGGGAAAAACUUCACAUGCAGCUCGCAUCUUACACUCCACCAGCGAAUCCACACUGGGGAAAAACCCUACAAAUGCCAGGAGUGUGGGAAAAGCUUCACGGAGAGCACAGGCUUUAACUACCAUCAGAGAAUGCACAGAGGAGAGAAACCCUUCAAAUGCCUGGAGUGUGGGAAAAGCUUCAGGAGAAGUCAGCAGCUGAUCUCCCAUGAGAGAAUCCACACCGGAGAGAAGCCCUUUAAAUGCCAGCAGUGUGGGAAAAGUUUUCGUUACAGCCCAACCCUGAUCUCUCACCAAAGGACACACACAGGGGAGAAACCUUUUAAAUGCCAGGAGUGUGGGAAAAGUUUCUGUUACAGCCGAAGCCUCACCUGCCACCAACGGACGCACACGGGGGAGAACCUCUUUAAAUGCCCGGAGUGCGGGAAGAGCUUUAAUCGCAGGACUAACCUGACAUCCCACCAAAGAAUCCACACAGGGGAGAAGCCCUUUCAGUGCCAGGAGUGUGGAAAGAGUUUCACCCAAAGUGCAAACCUUAGCAAGCAUCAAAGAAUUCACACAGGGGAGAAACCCUACAUAUGCUCUGCGUGUGGGAAGAGCUUCAUUCGUAGACGAACCCUUAAAGCACAUCAGAGGAUUCAUACGGGGGAGAAGCCGUACAAAUGCUCUGAGUGUGGGAACAGCUUCAGCGACAGCCGAACCAUUAAACAGCACCAACGGCUUCACAACGGGGAGAACGCCUACGUGUGCUUCCAGUGUGGGAAAAGCUUCAAUCGCAGUACGUGUCUUAAAAGCCAUCAAAAACUUCACACGGGCAAGAGGUCUUACAUGUGCUUCCAGUGUGGAAAAAGCUUCAGUCGGAGCACGUGCCUUAAAAACCAUCAAAGGAUUCACUCAGGCGAGAAGUCUUACGUGUGCUUCCAGUGUGGGAAAAGCUUCUAUCGGAGCACGUGCCUUAAAAGACAUCAGAGGAUCCACACAGGUGAAAAGCCCUAUAAAUGUUUGGAGUGUGGGAAGAGCUUCAGCUGUAGCACCAACCGGAAAAUACACCAGAGCAUUCACACGGGGGAAAAACCUUACCGAUGCUCGGAGUGUGGGAAGAGUUUUCAUCAGCUUAGAAUGUUGAAAAUUCAUCAAAGAAUCCACACAGGGGAGAAGCCCUAUAAGUGCUCCGAGUGUGGCGAUAGUUUCAGCCACAGAGGGACUCUGAAGUCACAUCGGAGAAUUCACGUCAUGGAAACUCCCUAUGCCUGUGGCAAGACCACAGAUUUGAACUCCCGGCAAAGAAUCCACACAGGCGAGAAGCCCUAUAAAUGCCAGUGGUGUGGAAAGAACUUCAGCCGGAACACGCACCUCAAGACACACCAAAGGAUUCACACGGGUGAGAAACCCUAUCAGUGCCCAGUGUGUGGGAAGAAUUUCAGCUGCAGCAGUAGCUUUACGGUUCAUCAGAGAAUUCAUACGGGGGAGAAGCCGUAUAAAUGCUCUGAAUGUGGGAAAUGUUUUGGGGACAACAGUACCCUCAGACGGCAUCAGAGUACUCAUACCGGGAUGAAGCCCUAUAAGUGCCCCGAAUGUGGGAAAAAAUAUAGCCGUAGCACACACCUUAAAACGCAUCAGAAGAUUCACACAGGAAAGAAUCUCAUGCAUGGAGGUCACAUAAAGGACCUGUUUGUAAAAGAGGACAAUUAGGUUGGUGCUCAGAACGUGGUGGAUGCUUCCACCGACAUGGCUGAAAGCAAGACACGGAUUUCUGUUGGAGCUGGUGGUUUUCAAAAUAUCUGAGGAAAACUGUGAUGCGGGAGGAUUUGGGAUCACCUGUGAUGAAUACAUGAAUAAUAAUCACGCACCAUCAGGUCAAUUGUAACUUAUGGCCACCCUUUCUGGGGUUUCUAAGGGUACUCUGAAGUGGUUUUCCCUUCCCUUCUUCUGUGGGGCACCCUUGGAUUGUGCAGCUGGCCCAAGGCCACCUGCGCUGGCUCUCCUCGCAGGAGGCAUAGUAGGGGAAUUGAACUCCUACCACUGGCUCCUAAACCGCAGAGAAAGCUCAAUUGGCCCCCAGGACAGGGGCAUGUAAUUGUCUGUUCAAAAGGUCUUGUAGAAGCCAUGAUGAACAGCUCCUGGGUUUUUUUUUCUUCUUCUGAGGGAGGGAGCUCAUUUUUGGACCCCAGGGGCCUUCCAGAUUGUCACACCAGAUCCAAAAUUUUGGAGAAAAGGAGUCACUCUGAAUUCCACAAUUGUGCCCCUAGUUUUGUUUGGUGGGAGGCGUCAACAGGCUCAAUGCGCCUGAAAUGAUCUUCUUGUACGUUCUCCUGAAGGAUGUGAGGAUUGGGGUCGCCAGGGCCCACAACGUGAGCAUACCCCAGCUGUAAGCAAACAGAACUCUUGUUUUUGAGUCUUAUUGUACAUUUCUCUUCAUGGUUUGAAAUCCUGUGCCGAUGGAACAUUGACACUUCCUCCGUUUUGUCUGCUCAGGACAGAAACAUGUUAAAUUAAAUUACAUGAUACCAGUUGCUUCUUCCUUUCCUGUUUGUCAAGAAAGCAGCAAGCCUUUGUACACAAAGUUUUGCGGUUGCCCGUUUGGUCUCCAGGCACGUUGCUCUCUUUGGGUUCAGCCUCCGAUAAAAGAGAAGCAGGAAGAGAUUAAGCCCUUCCUCCAUGUCCAGAAAUCCCUCCUUUUGCUUUCCUGGGCUGUAACACCCUGAAUCUUGCUUGGUUUAUCCACCAGCUUCCCCCUUUCUUCCUCAAUACCUUUCAAACAAGCAGAAGCGAGUGUAUGUGCUAUCGGUGCAGUGGGGAGAGGAGUAAGUCAAUUGUAGCUUCAUUUACACCAAGGCACCCUGGAUACCUCUGGUUCUGGAUGCUCAGCAGGGUCAGGAUACCAGGGCAUCCCAGAAAUCUCCAGGUAGAACUAAGGUAAUGAACUCCAGAGCAUUUUCAUUCCUAAUCAGGAGUGGACAGUAGUAGGCAGGCAAGACAAAUGAGCUGAAUUAAGCCAGAAAUCGGACACUUUCUCCAGUUAUAGAAGGAUGGUCUGUAUCUUUAUUUAAAUGAAAUAUUUUACCCUGCCUUUCUCCUUAAA